GUUGCCACAUCAUUGCUGGCUGGGUUUGUUCGUCACAAUUUCACAAUGGCUCGUCGUUUUCUUCAAUGUCGUUUGCAAUGAGCUUGGAAGUUGGGCGCCAAUUGUAAAUGGGACAGGACGCUCUACACUUUAGGUAGGGUGGCGGAAGCGUUAGAGAAAGAUGCGGAUUUUGGAACAGGCGGUUGGACGCCUUGCUGCUGCGGAUGACAUUGAUAACCUGAGGGUAAGCGCUGAAAAGGAAGAUUCCUUGGCGCUGAGCCCAUGUUUACGGUGCUGUCGGAAACAGAAAGGAAUGCGAAUAUAAUCCAACUUUCAAGGGUUAUUUUCAGCAGUUAGAGGCAAGGCUCUAAAAUGAGUCCCAGCACCUAUUCGCCUCUCUCAUCAGCACCGAUUGCAUAAGGAUUUUACAUCACUGCAGAGAAGACUUCCUGGUUCAGGAGACAAGAUAGAUAGCCAUAACUGAGCAAAAGCAAGAAUCUUUAAGGGCCCAUUUUUCAUUAACGCCUGCUUCAAGGGCUAUUCGUGGAUUGGAUUUUGCACAUUUUAUCAGUGGUUUUUGCAGCCCGCUGCUUGAAUUGGACCUAUUAGGUACGAUUAGGGAAAUAAGUAUCUACUGGCCUGUGUACAGAAAGAGGACGACUCCUGAUGUCGUUAAUGCUGCCUUCAUCCAUCUAUAAACAGUACUUACAUAUUUUUUGCUUUUAAUUUUCUGAAUCGGAGGCAAAUGAAACAUUUUUAUCUUUUAACAUAUCAUACAGCUAUUUGAAUGAUGAACAUGUUUACUUGUGUCAAGUAUGUCUGGAUUUAACUGUUUUAUUUUAAUAUAGUAAAUGUGUUCUUGUUGCCCAGAGGUUGAUUUUUAAUUUGCUGGACAGGUGAGCACAGCUGGCUGGCUCAGUGUUGGAGAACAGGAUGAAGGAACUAUGCCGGAUUUGUGCCCGUGAGCUAAGUGGCAAUCAGCGAAAGUGGAUCUUUCACACAACCACUAAGCUUAAUUUGCAGGUCCUGCUGUCCCAUGUGUUGGGUCGGGAACUGGUCCGCGAUGGUAAAGGGGAAUUUGCCUGCAGUAAGUGUGCCUUUAUGCUUGACCGCAUCUACCGCUUUGACACUGUUAUUGCUCGCAUUGAGGCACUCUCUAUCGAACGUCUGCAGAAGCUGCUUUUAGAGAAGGAUCGUCUUAGGCAGUGCAUCUUAACUCUGUACCGCAAAAACAACACAGAUGAAUCCGCCCUUGAAAACAAACCAAUGGAUUGCACUGUUGACAUAUCUGGUCUGCCUGACGUUAAAUACAGUGCAUUACUCCAAGAAGACUUUGCCUAUUCCAGUUAUGAGUCUUGGGCAGAACAUGAAGAACAAACUCUGGAGCUACAGCACCACUGCCAUGUUUCAGAGGUCUCAAUGCACAAGUCAAGAAAGUGCUGUGGCUGUUCAGCUCUGAGAGUAGCAGACUCGGACUAUGAAGCUGUGUGUAAAGUACCUCGCAAGUUGGCCAGGAGUAUUUCUUGUGGACCUUCAACAAGGUAUUCUGCUAGUGUGUUGGGGAGCAUAUGCACUGAAGAAUCCACUGCAAUGACACCUGUUCUGGAGGUUUUCCCAGCAGAAUCAAAUGAUGAUGGUACUACUGUAGGACUUGAUGUAGUUCAGAAAAUGAGUCCAGCUUCCUCUGAAGAAUCUUUAGACACUACAGUUGAAAUUGAGCAAACUGUAGGGAAAGAAGAAGAAAUAAUCAAGGAAGACCAAAAAUCAGAGUCCUGGAAUGAUGAUCAUCUAAUUCAGCUCAGUUUAAAUGGGCAUUUGAGCAAGUUGGAUUUUGCACUUACCUUAGUAAAGACUGUUGAGUACAGGCCUAUAAAGAGUCCUCAAGGCAGCAAGUUGCCAAUUAUGGUAAAACCUCGCUCAGUUGGUGUUAGUAGCAAGCGUGUGUUAUAUGAUGUCUCAGCAAGACUUCCUUCCAGUACAGAGUUCCCUUUCAGGUUUCAGGAGCUGGUGCCUAUGCAGGUUCAGCAAAUGGAUCUUUCAGAACUUGAUGAACUGUGGGAGGAUGUGUGUGUGGAGUAUAUGCCUUUUCAAUUUAAGAAUCUCAUUGAGGAACAGCAGAGCCAGCUUAAUCAAUAUGAAUGUGCAGCUGGCCAAUGUGUCAGUGAACUACAAAAAGCCCAGCUUCAGGUGCAGUCCUUACAAAAGAAAAUUCAGGAGACGGAGGCUGCUAAUACGUCAUUACAAGAAAAACUCAGUGAAAUGGAAUCUGAGCUGAGAGCAAUCAGGCAGGCAACUCAGAAUCAAGAGAGGACUAUUGAGGCUGUUACCGGCAAGAGCACAGAGGUUUCUGGAGAAAUUCUUGACACUGCACAACUGCAGACUCAAUGUAUUGCUCUACAGAACUCCCUCUUCUCCUAUCAGCUGCAACUACAGAACACUCAGCAGGCUUUUAGGAAAAGCGAACACCAAAUUGAAGAACUUACAGGUGUGCAGAAUUGCCUCCGUAAAGAUUUACAGGAUGCCAUGCAGGAGAGAGAUACUGCUGCCAAAUAUAAUCAGGAGCUUGCUUCCCAGUUGCAGCAUAUUCGAGAUGAGCUUCAGAUGAAGGAGCAACAGAUUAAAGAUGCAGAAUGUACAAUGCAAGCAGAGGUUCAAUUCCGGGAUGCCAAAAUUCAACGUCUAAAUCACGCCCUCUGUGACAAGGAUCAUCUUGUGCAGCAAUAUAUGGAAUAUUUGGAACAGCUUUCUCCACCAGAACAGAGCAGUGGCCGCCGGGAUACCUUGCUUGAUAAACUGAGGGCUCGCAUCAAGGAAAGGGACAAAGCUCUAGAGAAAUCAAUUGAUGAAAAAUAUCGUGCCCUAGAAGAGAAAGAAAGUGAAGUUCACCAGUUACAACUGGCUUUACGUGAGAAGGAGCGUGACCAGGAGAGAUUACGUUGCAUUCUGUCUAACAAUGAAGAGACCAUUACUAGUCUGGACUCACUGAUGAAGAUAAAAGACGUAGAACUAGAACAAGCUUCCCUGACCUGUAGUAAUCUCCAGUGGCUCAAACAAGAAACUGAGGAUAAAAAACAGAGGUGUUUGAAAGAUAAGGAUGUGAUCAUUUUCCAACUAGAGAUGUCACUAAAGAGCAGAACCAAAGAAGUGGAGGAGUUGACAUCAGUUCUGCUUAACAAAAUAUCUGAUGGAGCUGAAGAGGUAAAACAUAAUCUUCAUGUGCGUCUUGAGCUAAAGGAGCGUAUGAUGGAAGAAUUACUGAUAGACAGAAACCAGCACAUGGCAGAACAUGAACGUGACAUAACUAAUCUCCUGAAGUCCAUAGAAGCCAGAGAUCAGCAAACAAAGAAUUCAGCAGAACAGUUAAAGAAGUUAAUUGCUGAAAAAAAUGCAGAGAUACAGGAGCUACGCAAACGGCUGAAUCAGAGUCACCGUGAAAUAUGUCAUCUGUCCAGAUACAAGCAGCAAUCAGGCCAGAGUUCAGAAAGUGAAAUUGAUAGAUUGAAACACCAAUUGCAGGAAAAAGAGUCUUUCAUUUUGGAGUUAAUACAGAAAAACUCAUAUAACCCAGAAGAACCAAUGAUAACUUCAAGACCCAAUGAGAAUGCACACCACAUUUCAGAGGAAGAAUGUGAAAGAGACUGCAAGCUCCACAAGGAUCUUGAAUCUAUCAAAGAAGAACUUCACUUAGUAUUAAGAAAGGAAAGGCAGGCUCAGCUUGAUCUGUCUUCUUUGCAAUCUGUCCUGGCGAACCAGAAUGAAGAAAUGAAAAUCAAGCUUGCAGAUAUUGAGACUCUGUCUAGAACUGUUCAGAUCAAAGAAGAGCUCAUCAAGCAGUUGCAGAGACAAAUAGCAGAGCCCUCAGAUUUACCUGUGAUGGAGCAUCUUUUCAUGGAACUUGAGGAUCGUCUCAAAGCAUCUUUAGAACAAGGAACCAAGAAUCCAGAUAACCAGGACAUACUGGAGGCACUGGUUUCAGAACAGAUCAGGCUCAAUGAUGCUCUGAAAGCAGAGAGACAGCUGUAUAGUAGCCUGGUACAACUCUACACAAAUAGUGAGAGCUCUCAGAAAGGUCAAGCUUUGCAAAAUGAGCUGGAUGCUGUUCAGGCUCUGCGACUUCAACUAGAGGAAUUCUUGGCAAGAACCAGAGAUGGAGUUCUAGAGCUGGAGAAGACAAACAGGAGCCAGCCUGAUUUUGGAGGUCAUGGAACUGCAGAGGAAGAGUUUGACGACAGCCAGAGUGAAUUCACAGACAGCAUAGAAGAUGAAGAAAGCACCAAUGAGAAGACUUACUCUCCCUUUUUCUGUCAGGAGGUACCAAUAGAAAAAGAUGCAGUGAGCAAAAACUUAUCCCAAGGUGUCAUUAUCUCAGAGAGAGAUAUGCUGGAGCUGAGAUCAGAGCUUCAAGAGGUGAAAAAACAGAAAAACACAGUUGAGUGUGAACUAAAAGAAUUGAAGAUGCAACUGGAGACUGCUGGCUAUGAAUCUCUUGCUCAAAUGAGGAGCAUGCUGCUGAGCUUGAAAAUGGAGAAUGACAAGCUGAAAAGUGUAGUGGCAGAUGUGAAAGGGGCAUGUGAGCAAAAAGGCAACGUCGAGAGGCUGAGCAUGGAAGGCCUGAGGGAAGAAUGCAGAAUGCUGAAAGAUAACCAGGAGAGCUUUGAAACAGCUGAGGGCCUGCUGCAUGAGCAGCAUCGGUUAAAACGUCAAGUCUGUGGAGAUGAGGUGGCUGCCAGCAGCAAGCAGCUUGUUGAUGGAGCCCAUGAGAUUCAGCAGAUGAAAGCAAAGCAAGGAGAGCUUGGACCUGCACAGGGCAAACGCUCAGCCUCUGGGGUACAGCUCAGAGAGCGUGGGGAAAAGAGGAGACGUGGCAGCAGGCCCUUUACUUUGGACCUUGGGGAUUUUAUUACCCAGAACACUACUGAUUCUCAGCAGUCCUCCAGAGGACAUUUUUGGGAAUACAUGGAAUCCAGUUUUCAUGAUGAGACUGAACAGCUACGCUCUGAACUGGCUUUAAGUCAACAAGAAAGUCAGGAACUGAAAGAGAAGUUACUGGUAUCUGAAGCUACAGUUGAGGCCCAAGCAAGCCAGCUAAAACAGUACCAUACUCUACUUACUGAAACAUCAGUGAAACAGGACAGCAAACAAGUACAAGUUGAUUUUCAAGACCUGGGCUAUGAAACAUGUGAGAGAAGUGAAAAUGAAGCUGAGCGGGAAGAAGCCAAUAGCCCAGAUUAUGAAGCAUUGGAUGUUCAUGGCAAUUUGUUUGGCCUGAUGGAUGAAAGCCAUCACCCCUUGUCCUCAGGAACUUUCACAACUAGCUUGAAAGCUUGUGCUGGGUUCCAGGAUGAUACAGUGAGUUGUAAAGAUGUUCCAGUUUUGCAGCAGCACAUCCAGGAUUUGCGUGCCCAGCUACAGCGCUCUGAGAAAGUAAUCAGAAAUCUUCAGGCUCGUUUGCGCUCUGUUUCUGUCACCAGUGACUAUGCUUCAAGCUUGGAACGGCCCCAUAAAGUUACUUGGGAUUUCGAGGCCUCACCAGCACAAAGUGGUUUGGAGGAGGAUGAAGGCUGGCAGUCAGAUGGAAUUGGAAUCCCCAUAGCUCAGCCCAACAAAGAACUGCAGGAGCUGGUGUCCCGAGUGGCUUCACUGGAGGCCCAAUUGAAGACCUCUAGGAUUGAGGGCAAAAAUGGGACAGCUGAAUUGAAAUCAGCAACUUGGCCAGGGAAAUAUGAUUCCCUCAUUCAAGCCCAAGCACGAGAACUCUCACAUCUGAGACAAAAGAUGCGUGAGAGCCGGGGGAUAUGUCACAUCUUGUCUCAGCAUCUAGGUGACACCACCAAGUCCUUUGAAGAGUUAUUGCGUGACAAUGACAUAGACUAUUAUAUGGGUCAGAGCUUUCGGGAGCAGCUGGCUCAGAACAUCUCACUGGCAGAGCGUGUGAGCAACAAGCUGAGUAGCAGAGACAGAUCAGAAAUUGAUGACAAAACAGGGCAUGAACUUCUUGCUCUCAGACUGAGCAAAGAACUUCAACAAAAAGAUAAGAUUAUUGAAUCUCUUCAUGCUAAACUUCAGCAACGUGUGGACACACCAACAAGUAGCCGAGCCCUCUCAGAAACAACAGAUCAUUCAGACCGGACUUCUUUCCUCUCUGACGAUCACGCUUCCACCAAUGAUGACCUUGAUGGAUGCUCUGAUGUGGAUGCUGCCAGCGAAUACACACAAGAAGGGCAGGUUUGCCUUGAGAGCCCAGUGCAAUCAUGUACAGAUUCUCACUCUCACAGUGGCACUAUGCCACAAAAUCCAUCCAUCUCAUCAUCUAGCACUGCACCUAAUGGGGCUCAGCAUAAAACCGAUCCCAACAUGCCGUGCACCAAGCCUGACCUCUCUGAAUCCAGCCAGGCACCAAAAGGAUUCCAUUCUAGCCCCACAUCCACUACCAGUACUUGUACUCAUGCCCAGUGCCACCCCAAUCCCUCAGGCCCCUCUGGCCAAUUCGGUAAUUUGCCAUUUGACCCUAGAUCUACACCUGGCAACCCCGCUUAUCAAAGCACUCCAUUUUCAUUGGCAGAAGUUCACCAGGAGUUACAGAUGCUGCAGAGGCAACUGGGAGAAACUUCAAGACACAAUAUUCCUCACCUUAAACCGCUGCCCCACUCCACUAGUUUCCCUGAACAACCACUGGCAGAGUCCUCUGGCUUUGUGCCGUCUUCCCAUCAUCCAUAUCAUCAGAUCCAAUUUGGUAACACCUCUAAUGGGAAGGAUGGCCUGAUAGCAGAUGCUGAUUUGCGGAAUGCUGCUGGAGUCUGGGAUAUGUCUCAUCUUCUCAGACCCACAAGAAACUGUCAUUUUGGAGAUGUAUCUUCUGGAUCCUCUGGAUAUCAGUCUGGUAUUAACCACACAGGGACAGAUUUGAUUGAAGAACACUUGAGUGAAAUUCGAAGCCUUCGGCAGCGUUUGGAAGACUCCAUUUGCACCAACGACCGCCUAAGAAAACAGCUUGAAGAAAGGUUGUCAUCAGCUGGAAGAGAUACUGGACCUCCAACUAAUAUCUAUAUCCAGGGACUUGAGUCAGUUAGCCAACUGUCCAAUGAGAACCGUGCCUUGAAGGAAGAAAAUCUAAGUUUACAGGCCAAACUAAAUCAAACCAGCAGAGAAAGUUGUGCAGAAUUGAAGCAGCUGCAAGAGGCAGUGCUCUCGAGAAGGGCAGAGCUGAAGCAAGCACAAAUGGAGGCUGAACAGUGGAGAGAUGAAAGCAGAAGGCUUCAGGCACAGAGCUGUGGACAACAACAAGAGAUUCAGCAACUGAAGCAAGAUAAGCAGGCGAGCCACGAGCAGAGCAAUAGGUUACAGCAUGAAGUGAAUUUGCUCCAGCAGCAAGUGUCUGAGAGUCGACAGUUGCUACACACACUUCAGUCUGAGCUGCAGUUGUAUGAUAGGGUGUACAUGAGUGGUGGCGCUUUGUCAGCCUACGCAGGGGAUGGCAGUUACCAAGGAGCUGUCGCUUCUUCCUUUGAGCUUAAUGAGCUGCUGAGAGAUACUCGGAACUUGCGCCUGCAGCUGGAGCACGGUAUCCAGGAGAAUAGCUCACUCAGGCAACAGCUGGAGCAGCAGCUGGAUUUGUGUUCUGCAAGGAAUAGUGUGCGUCCCUCUAGUAUCAAUAUCUCCACACCUGUGGAAACAGGCUGCAGAAGACAGCUCUUUCAAGAAUCUGUGCCCUCUCCCCCAGUUCGAGAUACAGGCCUGUUUAACCCUGUCUCUCCAUUCUCUGCGUUCUCCAAGUCGUCCGAGUUCAACGUUGAACAUGCUAAUGUUAAAGCAAGUGAAGAUGCUGUAAAGCACACUUCUGCAUUAGAAGGUGAUGCCCCAGAUGGAUCAUUUGCCAGUAAGAAUGGCCGUCAUGUUAUUGGUCACGUGGAUGACUUCAGUGCCCUGCAGCAACAAAUCUUAGAGGGGAAGAUGUUAGUUCAUAGAAUGGAAUCUUUGCUGCAGUCAUCACUUGGUUCUUCUUUCAUGAGCAGCAACAUGAGCAAGGAUCUCAAUUACUCAUCUAUUACGAAGUUACUUGGUAGCACGAAAACUCUGCGGCAGGUCUUGGAAGAAGCCACUGCACUCCUCAAGAUGUUCUGGAGGGCUGCUCUGCCCAGCACUGAUAGUUGUAUGCAACAUGCCAGAAAGGAGCAGUCAAUGAAAGCAGAGAUUCAGAAACUAAAGCAGAAGAUCGCAGAGCAAGAGGGUAAUCUUCAAAAUGCAAUUGAGAAGCUGAAGAAUACCAGCCGCACCAAAGAAAGCAUGGAGCAUUUUAUUGUUAGCCAGUUGUCAAGAACCCGCGAUGUGUUGAAGAAAGCCAGAUCCAACUUAGAGCUUUUCCAGAAGAAUGAGUACAGGAUGUCUUCUUCUAACUCCUGUUCCCCCUACUCUGCUGACACCACAGGAGUCCAUGCUGGAAAUCAGGGUAACUGGAAUUUCAUGAACCCUCACUGCCAUGAGCCUUCUAGAAGAAAAGUCGGUCACAGACCAACAAAAAAGAAAGAGAAGAACAGCCAAGGAUUGUUGCAAGUUGUCAGCUAUUAGUUUGCACUUAGCCUUUUUGCAUUUCACAAUCUAAGGACUUUAAAUUUUACCCUCUACAGACUGAUGUCAUGCUUCAUUUUUGGCAUUUAAAAAUUCUGAACAAAAUCAGAAGACUUGUCAAUGGCUUUGAAAAAGAACAGAAGUUUCUUCAGUUUAUAUAAAAUGAAGCUGAUCUUCCUUUGCCUAGAAAGUGUGCAUAACAAAUUACUGUAUUAUUUAUUUUAUUUUAUUUUGUGGUUGUGAGUUAAUUUGCAUGCUUUACUCAAUAAUGGCAAACAGCCAUAUAAGUAUAAGGUAUACUGGAUGUAAAAAAGCUUUUUAAUCCCCCGGCAACAUGCUGCUACCUAAGUGACAUCUUCACUUCAGUUUUACCAUUUAAAGAAAUGAUAAUCAUGUGUUUGGACAAAUUCCAAAAUUAAUUUGACAAGUAUAUGUAUUUUAUUUUCUAAACUGCCAAUGCAGUACAAUGAAAAAAAAUAAUUUUUUUUGCUGAAAAAUGCACUGGUGAAAAUAAUGCCAAGUGUUUUAGUCACCAAUUAUUUUUCUCAUUUGAGAAACAGCAUGUGCAAUGGGGAUUAUGACAGUGCAGAAAAAGUAUUCUGUAAAACUAAGACCGCCUGUGCAAUACUGAGAAGGUGCAGUACUACUGAUUGAUGUGAUUACAGUCUCAAAAUUGUGAGCUAUAUUUUAUAUAUAUAUAUAUAUAUAUAUAUAUAGCUCAUAUAUAAAACAGGGAAACAUAUGCCUCCAAACCAAGAUUGCCAAAUUCUGCUAAGCCACAGCCGAGUUCUGCUAUUGACUUUGAUUCUGGAGAGGGCACAUGGGAGGGCACCAUUAGCUUUAUCUUCUACCUUUAGUUUCUUUAAUCUGCUCCCACAUCCAAACAGGAAUUUAAAUUUGGAUUCUUCGUAUUUUCCAUUAAUUUUGUAAAACCUAACACUAGAGACUGUUUCUAUUUUAUAAUUCACAGUAUUAAACAUCCCUUUACAGUGUGGCCUGGACUGAAAACAGGAGGACUGUCUGUUCAGUCCCUUCCACUGAGUCACUUGUGACCCUGCCAGAGUCACACAGCCUGCCAGUGUUUGCUGAAGCUACUGUACUUGCACCUGUGGCAUGUAAAUCACUUUUGAACUAAAUAUGUACUGUAAAUAUACAUUUAGGUUCAUAAGUAUUUGGACAGUGACACAAUUUUCAUAAUUUUAGCUCUCUGCGCCACCACAGUGGAUUUGAAAUGAAGCAAUCAAGAUGUGAUUGAAGUGUAGACUUGCAGUUUUAAUUUAACAUCUUUAACAAGAACAUUGUAUGAGCCAUUUAGAAAAGUCAGUCAUUUUUAUACAUGGUCCCCCCAUUUUCAGGGGCUUAAAAGUAUCUGUAGAAACUAACAAUCAUGAAUAUAACAAUCAUUUUCAAUACUUGGUUGAAAAUCCUUUGCACUCAAUGGCUGCCUGGAGUGUGGAACCCAUGGCCUUCCCCAAGUGCCUGGUUUCCACCCUACUGAUGGUUCGCCAGGCCUUUACUGCAGCUGUCUUCAGGUGCUGAUUGUCUGUUGGACUUUCUGCCUUCAGUUUUGUCGUCAGCAACCAGUUGGGUUGGAGUCAGUUGAGUGACUUGGGCAUUGAAGAAUAUUCCACUUCUUUGUCUUGAAAAGCACUUGCUUUGCUUUCGCAGUAUGUUUCGGCUCACUGUCCAUCUGUACUAUGAAGCGUCAUCUAGUCAGUUUUGCAGCAUUUGUCUGAAUCUGAGCAGACAGUAUAGCCCUAUACACUUCAGAAAUCAUCCUACAACUUCUCUCAGCAGUCAUAUCAUCAAUGAACACCAGAGACCCACUUCCAUUGGCAGUCAUGUACGCCCGUGUCAUAACUCUGCAGUGUUUCACAGAUGAUGUGGUGUGCUACAGAUCAUGACCCAUUCCUUCUUAUCUCGAUAAUCUUCUCUGUUCAUCAUUCUGAUACAUAUUGAUCUUAAUUUCAUUUGUCCAAAGCAAAUUCUUCUAAAACUGGACUGUUUAAACUUUAAUAAUCUGUCCUUUCUAUCCUUGAGGAUUACCCGUGAGUUGCACUUUGUGGUAAAUCCUCUGCCUUUCAUGAAGUCUUCUCUUGGUUGUUGGCAAUGAUAGGCCUACCUCCCAGUGAGUGUUCUUGGUUUGGCUAAACGUCAUGAAUUAGUUUUUCUUCACCAAGGAAAGAAUUUUGUGAUCAUACAGCACAGUUGUCUUCCAUGGUUGUCCAGACCUUCUGAUGUUGCUGAGUUCAUUAUGAUGUUCCUUCUUUUUAAGAAGGCACCAAAUGGUUGAUCUGACCACUCCUCGUGUUUCGAUCCCUUGGAUUGGUAUGUUUUGCUUUCUCAGUUUAAUGAUGGACUGUUUUUACUUGCAUGGACAGCUCUUUGGACCUCACAGUGAGAGUUCACAGUGACAGCUUCCAAAUGGAAAUUCCACACCUUUCACCCGCUUAAUAGUUAAUGAAAUAAUGAGGUACCUGCUCUUACCUGGCUAUGGAACAGGUUGCCAGUCAACUGUCUAAAUACUUUUGAGCCCCUUGAAAUGGGAGGGGACCAUGUAUAAAAAGUCUGUCAUUCCUAAAUGGCUAAUAAAAUAUUUCUAUUAAACCCUUUAUAUUAAUGUUGAAAGUCUGCACUUCAGUCAUGUAAUUAUUUCUUAAUUUCAAAUAGAUUGGAGUGGCAAACAGAGCUAAAUUUAUGAAAAUUGUGUCACUGUCCAAACACUUACGGACCUAACGUACUACAUGUACAAAUCACAAUGUACAACGUACAGUUGUUUCAGUUCUUUCAAAUGUCACACCUAUUGUAAUGGUUAUCAGAAAAAUAAAACUCACUCCUUCCAACUAGUGUGGUGCCGAGGUGCCACCCAUUGCACGGCUGCACUCGGGUCCUAAUUUGGGAUCCUGAAGUGGUUUGUCGUAUGGCGGGUGUGGCAACGCGCUGUAUCAAUGCAGGCUCCCAACCUCCUCCUCCUUUGUUUAGAACACAGCAUAUAUGACAAGUUUGAAAGCAUAUAUUACAAAUCAGCCAGUGAAUCGGGGGGUCUGGAUUUCACAGUCAAUUCUAGCAGAAAGUGGGUCUGUUGGCAUGGUUUUGGACCCCAGCGGACAUAUGUAAAAGCACUUGAUAGCCAUAGACUGGUGGUAGUGUGUUUUUCUGCUCGCGAGUGUAUAGACUGCUUUGCUUGUAUAUUUAGCAGUGUUGCCGCUGUACAUUAAAUGCUUCCAAGGUGUACUGAAUUAGACUACUGCAAAGAUUUCUUUUAUUGGAGCAGCAAAAGUAUGUUUAGUUUCAAAUGACUGUAAAAUACAAAUUGAGGGUAGAUGUGCAAUAGUUUACUAAAUAUUAUUUCUUUUAUGUGUAGCAUCUUGUAUUUUUGCUCUCAUGUGCCAUUAAUUUAUUGUUUAAAAUGUCUUCCUCUGUUGGGAAGCUGCUGCUAAAUUGACUUACUGUACAUGCAUAUUUAUGACAAAGGGAGAUACUAAGGAAAACAAAAUGGAUCAAUCAGAUUUGUUUUAAAUGAAAUAUGCUUUGCCAUCAAAGCAGUAGUAGAAUACUCACAUGUACAGCAUUAGUGCAGUAUUUAACACAAAAGCAAAAAUGCAGCUGUAAAGAAACCAACUCUGUUUGUGUUGCAGACAGACGCCAUGAUGUAAAGCCACCUCUGACUUGUCUGAACUGCUGAUGUGUUUGUUAAGCCUCUUUAUGAUAUGUAUAUAAGGUUUAGAGACUGGAUUGAGAUGAGCCUGUUUCUACAGAGUGUGUGUGUGUACAAAGAUUGUUUUCUAAGUGGACCCGUCCAGGCCAACUGUGGGCCUGUUUCUGGAGAAAAAAAAAACAAAAAAACAAAAAAAACUGUAACUUUAAAAGGGAAUAAAACUGGAAAAUGCAA